CUCGCCUCCCACCCUUCCCUCGCCUUUCUUUCUCUCCGAUCCCGAUCCCGACGUCCUCCAAGCCCUGCCCUCCUCGCGGUCCCGGCAGCUCUUCGCCGGCUUCUCCUCUGGCUCCGGCGACUCUCCUCCGACGAAGGAAUGAGAACCUGUAAUUUGAAAUCCUCUAACAUGAAAGAAGCUGAAGCACUUAGAAAUCCAGGUAAAGAAGAUGAGGUAUCUCAAAUUACAGUGGCAAGUGCGUCUGUGCUUUCAGAUAGACUUGUACCAGGGACUGCAGGCAAAGGUUCUCUUGAACAGGAUACCUGUUUGAGCUUGGGUCAGGUUGGCACUAAAAUCUUUUCCGCAAACGUAGGAUGUGAUGCCAUAUCAGAAUGCAAUAAAGAAACUAGCGGACCAUGUUUCCCUGCAAAAGUGAAUGAAGAGCAUGAACACAAUAAGGUGGAUUCUGUGGGCCUUACUGUGGAUCUGAACACUGUAGAUGUUUCCAGUAUGGUGGAACAGAACCCCUUUUAUCCCUAUAAAAUGUUGGGGCAGGUGAAAACUGGAGAUGCCUCGGAGUGUGGAAGCACUACUGGUCCACUGGAGGAGAGUGAACCAUUGAGAAUGUGGAAAGAAAUGAAACAGAAUGGCUUCCUUUCAUCUUCACAUGGAGGCAUACCAAUGCCCAAGCAACGUGGCCGCCAGCCUAGAAAGAGAAAAGACGACAAGUCCAGAAGAAAGGCUGAGUCUGCAAGGAGAGAACAGGCUAACAGGUUCAUGAAAAUUGCUGCUCCAAGUGGACUGCUUUCUGGACUAAACCCUGGGAUCAUUAACCAUGUGAGAAAUAGCAAACAAGUUCAUUCCAUAAUAGAGGCUAUAGUGCGGUCUGAGAAGCGUGAUGGACAAACCCAAAAUAAAUUCACUGAUCAAAUGGGUAGGGAAAGUAAAGAUACUAAUGAUAGGUGGAAAGAGCAUAACUAUGCCCAUGUUUCAGCAACCCAUCAGUCGAAUGUAUCUUUAAAUAAGCCAUCUGUUCCUUCCAGCUUGGAUCGAAGCAUAGAAAUGAAUAUAGCUGAAGACAAGCUUCAUUGUGGAAUUUCUACAACUUCACAGUUCACCAAAAAAGAUGAUAAUGAUGCCCUUACCCUGAAACUCUCAUCAGCUGUAACAGAGACAUCAGAAAAUGCCUGCAGUGCAUCAAAUGACAAUCACUCUGCAAACCAAGAUAACAUUACCUCUUUAUCACUUAAAGCUGCUACUGUUGCUUCUGAGUGGCUGGACCUACUUCAGCAGGACAUCAAAGGGCGUCUUGCUGCUCUGAGGCGCAGCAAGAAGAGAGUAAGGAAUGCUAUCCAAACAGAAUUGCCUUACCUAUUAUCAACAGAGUUCUCGUCUAACCAAGAAAACGAUCCCUCAUUUGCUCAUUCCUCUGAGGCUCAAUGUUCAAAGAAACAUACCCCAGAGAUGCAUGUGGCACGAUGGAGAUCGCUUUUCAGUCAGAUGGAUAGAGCAUUGUACGAGGAAGGAAAACAUUUGGAGAAUUGGUUGAAACAAGUCCAAGAAAUGCAACUGCAUUGUGAGAAAGGCUUGAAACAUGUAUGUGUGGAUGGGUUAUCACAAUUUGGGUCAUCAGAGGAUUCCAGUAAAUUGAAAAAAUCCGAGGCUUACGAGCGUGAGUGUGCAGUCAGGGCUGCAGCAGCAUCCAUCUACUCCACAUGCAACUUGAUCAUGACAACUGAAAACGUGCCAUGUUUCUGAUUUCAUCUGAGCAUGCCUUUUUUUUUCUUUAUCUAAUUUUAUUAUGAUAUUUAUACUUUGUUUGUGUUACUGAAAUCCUGUUGUGCAUUUAUCACUCAGGUGACUUAGGGUGGAGCUUUAUUUCAUUACCCUUGUGCCAUUAGAAAGAGUAUUAGUUUUUCUGAAUUAUUUCUGACAUGACUGAUUGUUCCCCAUAAUUAAUCUGAAAUGAAGUACAACUUUUUAUUUCUUUUUA